GACUGGGGCCUACUGGCUACUGCGCCUCCCGGCUCCAGCUCAAGCGCGCGUGGCGCCUCCUCUCCCCUCCCCGCCCCGCCACCCAAAAAUAGCCGGAGCCGGGAGAGGACCGGAGGCUGACGGGAGGAAGAGGAGUGGGCGCGGCACAGGCACACACACGCGGCCGCGGCCUCCGCGUCUCCCGCGCGCCCCAUUCCCUCCCGUCCUCACCCGCUCGCCCGCGCCCAUGGCGCCGGCCAUAAAUCCCCCGCGCGGCCGUCCCGGCCGCUUCGUUUCGUUUCGUUUCGCCCCGCUCCUCCAUGUCCCUCCGCGACCCCGAUGCCGCGCCGCCGGACCCAUCGGCGAGGCGGCGGCCGGACGCCGUCGAGUGGCUGCGCUCCCUGUUCCCGGACGUGCGCCUGCCGCCGCAGGCCACCGACGACGACCUGCGCGCCGCGCUCGCCAAUGGUAGGCUGCUCUGCGCGCUCCUGCGCCGGCUCCUGCCCGGCGCGUUGCUGGACGACGCCACCUCCGACAACCUCGGCAGGUUCCGCGCCGCCGUCGAGCGGAUGGGCGUGCCCACCUUCAGCGCCUACGACCUCGAGAGGGGGGAGCUGUCGGCCGUCGUUACCUGCGUUCUUGCUUUGAAGGACCGGUUCUCGUCGCGCCUAGACGAAGACCAACGCAGCUCUACCUUCCUCACCAGGUGUGACAGCGAAGGAGGCCGGAGGAACAUGGAAUCUAAGCUGCAAAGGGUACUGUCAAGCCCCGUCAUGUCAGAGCCAUACUCUCCUUCCUUUGGAGCUGAUGCCUAUUUUCCGUCACGGGUAUUUCAGCUGAAACAAGGAUAUUCUGAUCUACCGGGUUGUAAAAUUUCAGACUUGAUGAAAUCUUCCAGCUUGGAGAAUGCUCCCACCCAGUCACUUUUGGGUGUUGUGAACAGCAUCCUCGAUGAGAGCAUCGAGAGGAAGAAUGGACAAAUACCUUAUCGCACUGCUUCCCUUUUGAGGAAGGUCAUAGUGGAGAUUGAAAGGCGUAUUUCUACUCAGGCUGGGCAUAUACGAAACCAAAAUAACCUGAUUAAAGCUCGCGAAGAGAAGUAUCAGUCAAGGAUAAGAGUGCUAGAAGCCCUGGCUUGUGGGGCACGUGGGCAAACACAUGUAGAGAGAGACAAACUUGAAGGAAAGGGGCAACUAGCAGAGGAUGAUAUGGCUAGAUUAAUGCAGUAUGAGGAAGACUUAGUAAGAUUGAUGAAAGAAAAGGAAGAUAUGAUUUGGUUGCUGAAAGAGAAGGAAGAUAUGAUCAGGUUGCUGAAGGAAAAGGAAGAUAUGGUUAGACUGUUGAAGAUAAAGGAAGACGCGGGCAACUUGAAUAAUGACAAAAUGGAUAGGUUACUUAAGGAGAAGGAUGAUACUGUAGUUAGAUUGACAAAAGAGAAGGACGACAUGGUUCGGUUAUUGAAGGAUAAGGAGGAUAUAAUUAGGCUAAUGAAGGAGAAGGAAGACAUGGUUAAUGUGAAAGAUGUCACAGUUGAAGAUACACAGAGAGCAACAGAUGAGAGCAAACGGUUACUUAAGGAAAAGGAUGCUAUUGUUGUUCGAUUGACAAAAGAGAAGGAAGACAUGAUUAGUUUGUUGAAGGAAAAGGAAGCUGCAAUUAGAAUAAUGAAGGAGAAGGAAGACAUGGUUAAUGUGAAAGAUGUCACAGUUGAAGAUACACAGAGAGCAACAGAUGAGAGCAAAUGGUUACUUAAGGAAAAGGAUGCUAUUGUUGUUCAAUUGACAAAAGAGAAGGAAGACAUGAUUAGUUUGUUGAAGGAAAAGGAAGCUACAAUUAGAAUAAUGAAGGAGAAGGAAGAUCUGGUCAACAUAGCUGGUGGUGUGGUUAGCGAUAGGAAGCAAGAAAUAGAUGACGAUAGAGACAGGUUGAUCAAGGAGAACAACGAUGCCCUUGCUAGGUUAACAAUGGAGAAGGAAAAUAUUACUAAGUUGCUAAAAGAGAAGGAGGAUGUGAUUAGAUUGAUGAAGGAGAAAGAAGAUAAAGCUGUCAUGAAGAAAGGCAAUGUUGAAGACAGAAAACAGGCAACAGUUGAAGAUGCAGACAGGUCAAUGGAGGAGAAGGGCGACAUAAUUAGGCUGAUGAAAGAGAAGGAGGAUUAUAGCAAUACAAUUAUGAAACUUAAGCAGGAAUUGGAAUCAUUAAGAUCAUCACAUGAGGAGAGCAGCAAAUUGUUAGAAUCUAAGAAGGGAGAUGUAGUUAAGCUUCUCACAGACAAGGAAAUGGAUGAAAAUAUAAUUUUGAAACUCAAGCAAGAACUUGAGGCAACCAAAAAGUUGCAUGAGGCACAAAGUCAGCAACUAGAGACCAAAGCUGCCAAAGUAAGUAAGGAGUUGGAACAGAGGAUAAAAGAAAUAGAACUCAUGUUAGAAGAUUCUACCAAGAGGAGAAUAGAACUUGAGGAAUCAGCUGAAUCUAGAAUCCAAUUUUGGAAGCAGAAGCAAAUAGUGGUAAACAAAUUUGUUGGUUUGCAAAUAAAGAAUGCUCAGGAUUUGAGGCUAUCUUCUGUUUCCAUUAGACAUGAAAUCCUAAAUUGUCAAAAAAGAUGGUUUGAAGAACUAGCAGGCCUUGGACAAAACCUUAAGGUGGUGACAAAUGCUGCGGAAAAAUAUCAUGCAGCUCUUGCAGAUAAUAGAAAAUUAUUCAAUGAGAUCCAAGAACUGAAAGGAAAUAUCAGAGUUUAUUGCCGGAUAAGACCUUUUCGACCCUGGGAGGAUGAGAAGUCCACUUCAGUUGAACAUAUUGGUGAGAACGGUGAACUGGUUUUAUCAAACCCUACAAAGAAAGGAAAGGAAGGAGGAAAGAAUUUCACAUUCAACAGAGUUUUUGGCCCUACAACUACACAAGAUAUGGUCUUCAAGGAUAUUCAACCACUAAUUAGAUCUGUUCUUGAUGGCUACAAUGUUUGCAUUUUCGCAUAUGGCCAAACUGGAUCAGGAAAAACAUAUACUAUGAUGGGACCUGAAAACGCAGAAGAGAAGGAAUGGGGUGUCAAUUAUCGAGCACUGAAUGACCUUUUCAAUAUCUCCCAUGAUCGGCGAGACACAAUUAAGUAUGAACUUGGCGUUCAAAUGGUUGAGAUCUACAAUGAGCAGAUCCGUGAUCUCCUUGGUAGUGGUGGUUCACAGAAGAAGCUAGGGAUUCAGAAUACCACCCAGCCCAAUGGACUCGCAGUUCCUGAUGCAACAAUGUGUCCUGUUAAUUCGACCUCUCAUGUUAUUGAGCUAAUGCAAACAGGACACAACAAUAGAUCCAUGAGUGCAACAGCCUUGAAUGAGAGAAGCAGCAGGUCUCACAGUGUUGUGACCAUCCAUGUACAAGGUCAGGAUUUGAAAACCGGAAACACAUUGCGUGGUGCUCUGCAUCUUGUGGACCUUGCUGGCAGUGAAAGGGUGGAUCGAUCUGCGGUUACAGGAGACAGGCUCAAAGAAGCACAACACAUUAACAAGUCUUUGGCUGCUCUUGGGGAUGUUAUAUUUUCUUUGUCACAAAAGAAUGCUCAUGUACCAUACAGAAAUAGCAAGCUUACACAAGUCUUACAAACUUCUUUGGGUGGGCAUGCAAAGACCCUAAUGUUUGUGCAAGUCAACCCAGAUGUUGCAUCGUACACAGAGACUUUAAGUACACUGAAAUUUGCUGAACGUGUGUCUGGGGUGGAAUUAGGUGUUGCAAGGACCAAUAAGGAGGGAAAGGAUGUCAGAGAACUAAUGGAUCAGCUUGCGCUGCUCAAGGAUACCAUUUUAAAGAAGGAUGAUGAAAUUGAUCGGCUGCAAUUACUCAAUAGUAGUACCUCCCGACCGAAGUCCACAAAAAAUGGUGACUCCCUGAUGAAGCAUUCAUCCUCUUCUCCAGGCAUGACCUCCCUAGGAAAGGUGGCAAGCUUUGGCAGUGGGGCUGCUUCUGAUCCUGACAACUUAUCUGACACCAGUGACAGGCAUUCUGAGGCUGGGUCCCUGCUCUCAACUGAUGAAAAUCAACAGCUGGGUCAGAGCUCUGCUAAUCCUGAGGUUUCUGCCCUCGGUGAUGUUGAAUUAGACGGAAGGUUAAGUGAUGUAUCAGAUGGUGGUAUAUCAGCAGGUGCAGAAACUGACAGUUCAGUGAACAACGUUGUGGACCAAGAAGAGAAAACAUCUAGUGCUGGAAAAGAGCGGUUAGUCAAAGCAGUAAAUCGAGUCCAGAAGCUAACAGUCCCAAAAGUAGGUCAAGCAUCAAGCUUGCGGCCUAAACCAAGAGAUCCUUCUGUUCCUAAAUCUUCAGUGGCAACAGGUGUGCGAAGAAGUACAACCACUCAAGCAACUGCCCCAGCAAGAACUAGUAGCACUUCAAAACGAGGACCAUAGGUCAAGAUCAAGACACUGAUGAUUUGGCAAAAUCACUUUUCACCUUUUUUUGUAUAGUUCUUUUGGAAAGGUUUUUCUUCUUAGAAUGAUAUACUACCAGUUUCUUAUGGGUUUCAUAUCCAUUAGAGUGGCUAUUUUUUACACUGGUUUAUCAAAACUACCGCAACCCUCCUCCUUUACCCGGGCUUGGGACCGGCUAUAUUGAGACGCUUCCAGUCAACACAGUCAACAUAGACGACUCGAGAUGGUUUGGACAUGUCCAACGGAGGCCUCCGGAGGCGCCGGUGCGUAGUGGGGUGCUAAAGCGUGUUGAUAAGGUAAAGAGGGGUAGAGGUAGGUCUAAACUGACUUGGACGAGUCGUUUAAGAGAGCUUAAAGAUUGGGAUAUCUCUGAGGAGUUAGCUUUGGAUAGGAGCGCUUGGAGACUAGCUAUCAACGUGCCUGAACCAUGACCUUUGUGUCUUUUGGGUUUCAUCUCUAGCCUACCCCAACUUACUUGGGACAAAAGGCUAUGUUGUUGUUGUUGUUGUAAUGAUAUACUACCAGUUAGACUGAAUUUUGUGUCUCAGGUGGAUAGGUCGCUGUUGUUAUUUCAUCUUUGCAGUGAGGAUAUCGUCUGUUAAGCA